UUGGCAAGUGUGUUCAUCUGCUCCCGUCCUGUAGGUCUUAACUGCGUGCGUAAAUGGCAGCAACGAGUCAGCUAACUGAGCAUCUCGAAACUUUCGUUGACUUAAGAUUUGAUUUGUGUCUGAAUGCGAUUGCUUCUUCCUUGGAGAAGGGUGGCUUGUCUAUAAACCAAUUGGUGAACAUUGUUUUAUCAAUGGACGACCACUGAUGAUGCUGUCUGUGCACGAGGUAUUUCUCCUGCUUGCCGAGAUCCUGAAUCAUCUAAAGUCAAAGCCUUUGCUCAAUGCAGUUGUCCAUAGUCUCUUUGGUUUUCUUUACCGCAAAGCUGUCAGAGUGGAGAUCGGUGCGUGGUGUACUUGCUGGUUUCUUGGCCCUGAUUAAGAGGAAAGACGUAGCUGGUGUGGUCGCUGCUAUCGAUGCAGAAGCGACCACACCAGAUCAAGUCUCAGAUAGAAACUUUAUCUAUGUCAUUUCCGACGACGGGCCGUUCAAGUCGGUUAUGUUGGCGGUUGAUGUCGUGUCGUCCCGUGUCUUCACAUACAAUCGGACAAUCACGGGACAUCUCCCUUACGCCACUGUAGCACUGGGACGCAAAAUCUACUUCAUCGGUGGUGGUGGAAACGGGGUUCCGAGUUCUCGUGCUGUGUCUUUUGAUUGUGUUCAAGACACGUGGUGUGAGCUCCCUGAUAUGCUUCACACUCGCCUGGAUCCUGCGGUAAGAGCUUUCAAAGGGAGAAUCUAUGUUGUGAGUGAUUUUAGCUGCGAGGUGUUUGAUCCUAACACUAAAGCUUGGCAAUUGAUGGUGCAUCACCCUCCUUUGGGUCGACAUGCCCAUAUGGAAGUCUUCCAGAACGUCAUGCAUCUGUGGACUUUUAGAUACGGGGAGCAUUCUUACAUCUUCAACGAAGAUACAGGAAUGUGGGAAGAGCUACCAUCUUAUUCUUUUAAUAGGCACAACAACACUCAUAUCAGCUCAUGUGUGGUGGACGACAAGCUUUUCUUCUUUUGCAAAACUGGACGGGCUAAGCUUAAUUGGGAUUAUACGAAUGACACACGAUCUGGGAAAUGGUGGAAUAUACCUGGGAGGGAUAUCAAGCAACUCAAAAUCUCUAUUGCAAGGAAACAAAUUCACGUUGAAGCUGUUAAUGUCGGCGGGGAGCUUUGGUUGCUUUGGGUUUUACAUGCGCCCACUCAUGAAAAUCUUUUCGUUCUACACCGCUUAAUCAUCACCAGACGUGUUGGCCCCGGUCCGCCUUAUAUGAUCAAGUCGCAAGUCACAGCUUUGCACCAAAGCAAAACCUAUCUGGGUCCUAGGGCACGUUUCCAACUCGUCUCAAUCUGAGGAGAGAUAUGCUUUAUUGGUGGAGUGGACUCUCUUCUUUUGCCUGCAAUCUCUUGAAGAAAAAACACUAUUUUCCCCCACUUGUCUCUAUGUUUCCUAAACUCGGUUUGUUUGACUCUAGUUUCCUAAACUCGGUUUGGUUGUUUUUUUUGUUUGUUUGAACUGUUCAGUUUUAUAACUCUUUCAUGCCUUUGCUUCCAUGUUAAGUAAGAGCACGUUUA